CUUUUAUUCAAAGAAUUGUGGGGUGCUCUGUUGUUCUGUAUAAUAGACAACUACUCUGUUUAAAUUAAGAGCUAUAGUUUCUUUGUAUAGACUUCUAUAGAGGCCACUCGCAACAGAUCAAACGACAAGGAAAAUGACAAACCAGGACGACUUCGACGCCCGCUCGCAGGCCUUCCUAUCCUGGCUCCAGUCCGAGCCCGGCGCUCAGAUCUCGUCAUCAAUCAAACUCGCGGACCUGCGUUCCCAGAACCAAGGCCGGGCCGUGCUCGCGACGACCGAGAUCGCCGAGGGCGACGUGCUGUUUUCGAUUCCGCGGACGACGAUAUUGAGUGUUGAGAACAGCGGGAUCGCGGCGCGGGUGCCGGAGAUCGCGGAGCUGGAUCGGUGGACGGGGUUGAUUGUGACGAUGAUGGCGGAGGAUCGGGCGGAUAGUCGGUGGAAGAAGUACUUUGAUGUGCUGCCGAGAGCGUUUACGACGCCGAUGUUUUGGAGCGAGGAGGAGCUGGGUGAGUUGGCGGGAACGACGGUGCUGGAUCAGUUGGGGAAGGAGGAGGCGGAGACGACGUACAGGGAUGUGGUGAAGCCGUUGAUGGACAAGUACCCUGGUGUGUUUGGCAAGGUGGAUUGCAGUUUGGAGGCGUACCAUCGGAUGGGUAGCGUGAUUCUGUCAUACAGCUUUGAUGUCGAGCGGGAUCCUGAGGACGAGGACGAGGAAGAGGACGUGACGAAGUUACCCGAGGCGGAGUCGGACGAGGAGGAUGAGGAGGAGGAGGGGGAUAAGAGCGAGAACGCGAUGGAGGUGGAUGAAGAGCAUGAGGUGGUUGAGGUUGAGGAAGUGGUGGAGGAAGAAGACGACGACGAGGACGAGAAGUUUCUGAAAGCGAUGGUGCCGCUUGCAGACAUGCUCAACGGAGACUCUGAUCUCUGCAACGCCAAACUCUUCUACUCCAAAGACCAACUCGAGAUGCGCGCGACAAAACCGAUCGCAAAAGACGAGCAGAUAUUCAACACGUACGGCGACCUUCCGAACGCGGACCUGCUGCGCCGGUACGGCUACACGCGGUUCGGAAAGACGAAGAACGACGUGGUCGAGAUCCCGACGCAGAUCGCGAUCGAUGCCGCUGGGGUUAAUCUUUCGGAGCUGCAUUUGAAGAAACGGAUGGACUUCAUGCUCGAAUACGACGAGCAGCAAGACGAAGACCUCCUCGACGACUCAAUCCAAAUCACAAUCUCGACCUGCGCGAUCCCCACCUCCGCGCUCCUGCUAACCUACAUCCUAAUGCUCAAGCCCGCCGCGUUCCGCGACCUGCGCAAGCAAGGCUUCGAAGCCGUCAGCGCGAUCCCGCGCAAGUCGCUAAAGUCGGCCGAGCAGCAGGACCUGUGGCUUUCGAUCCUGCGCAAGAAAAUGAAUAUGUACAAGACCGACGUUGUUACGGACGAGAACCUGAUUCUGGAGACGAAAGCGGAUCAGAAUCUGAAUCUCAGGAACGCGAUCGAGGUUAGGUUGAGUGAGAAACGCAUUCUCGAGGCGACGAUUAAGAAAGUUAAGGACUGGAAGAUUCGGGUGAACAAGUCAAAGGAGUUGAUUUCUUCGCGGCCGACGAAGCGGGCUCGGAUGGCGUAAAAGUAGCUAGAGUUUUGUACAGAUCUAGAUGAUGU